AUGAAUAAUAGAGGGGAAAAUUCUAAUACAAGUAGUUCUGUUAUAGGGCAUAGAGGUAUAGCAAAUCAGAUAAUUGGACACCCACAGGACCCUCCCCCACCCUAUUCACCCACUGAUGUAAUCAGUAGACCGCCAGUGGCUAACGAACAUAUAAUACAUCAAACAAUUAUAGUUCAUCAAAGUUUAAGAGAUGUGCCAACCUACUUUAAUUGUCCAAGUUGCCAUAAAAGAGUUCUCACAACAGUGCAAUUUGUUAAUUCAAAUAAAACCCAUAUGCUGGCUGGUUUUAUUUGUGGACUAACACUUUGUUGCAUGUUGUGCUGCCUAUCUGCACUCCCAUAUAUGGUUACAAGUUUUAAAACAGCAGAUCAUUAUUGUUCUAAUUGUAAUUAUUAUUUAGGAAGUUAUUCAAAAAUU